AGUGUUCUGAACAUGUUCAACCAACUUUAAUGAAGAUAUAAUCCUUUUAUCAGCGGAUUGUGACAUGGCACAGUGGAGUAUACUGCAGCAGCUGGAGUCCAGGUACCUGGAGCAGGUGGACCAGCUUUAUGAUGAUACCUUUCCAAUGGAGAUCAGACAGUAUCUGAGCCAGUGGAUCGAGAGCCAUGACUGGGAGUAUGUCGCCACCAGUGACUCGUUGGCAACAGUUCGUUUUCAUGACCUGCUGGCCCAGCUAGACAACCAGUGCCGCUUCACCCUGGAAAAUAACUUUCUCCUGCAGCACAACAUCCGCAAGAUCAAGCGCAAUCUGCAGGAGCACUUCCAGGAGUUUCCAGUGCACAUGGCUAUGCUUAUCUGCAACGCACUAAAAGAAGAGAAGAAGAUCCUCAACAUGGCCAUUAAAACAGAGGAGAAUGUGGGCUCAGCACAGAACAACAGCAUGGGGGGAAAGCACAGAGAACUGGACAAGAAAGUGAGCGAGUUAAGGAAGAUGGUGCAGGAUGCAGAAAUAAAUAUAAAAUCAUUAGAAGACCUUCAAGAUGAGCAUGACCUCAAGAAAAAAACUCUUCAGAGCCGAGACCAGGAUCAGGAGCACAAACGAGAGGAGUUACUGAUAAAGGAGAUGUUCAUCAGACUUAACAUGAAGAGGGAGCAGGUCGUCCAUCAGGUAGCUGAAGCUCUGAAAAUGAUGGAUCACAUCCAGUUCAGUCUGACCACGGAGGAGCUGCCCGAGUGGAAGAGGCGCCAGCAGGUCGCCUGCAUCGGCGGCCCCCCCAACACCUGCCUCGACCAGCUGCAGUCAUGGUUCACGUCGGUGGCGGAGAGCCUGAAGCAGGUGCACCUGCAGCUGAGGAAGCUGCAGGAGCUGGUGCAGAAGUACACAUACGAAAACAACCCCAUCGAUCAGGGGGUCAACUCAUUGGAGGAACGUGCCAUGGUGCUGCUCAAGAACCUUAUAGUCAGUGCCUUGGUGGUGGAGAGGCAGCCUUGCAUGCUCACGCACCCACAGAGACCCCUAAUCCUCAAGACAGGGGUGCAGUUCACCGUCAAACUCAGAUUGCUGGUGAAACUCCCAGAGCUGAACUUCCAGUUUAAGGUCAAAGUUUUGUUUGAUAAGGAUGUAGUGGAACGUAAUACUGUGAGAGGGUUUCGUAACUUCAACAUCUUAGGGACAAAUACUAAAGUCAUGAACAUGGAAGAGUUCAAUGGGAGCUUGGCUGCUGAGUUUCGUCACCUGCAACUUAGGGAGCUGAAAUCGACUGGCAGCAGAACGAAUGAGGGCCCUCUCAUUGUUACAGAAGAGCUGCACACCAUUUGCUUCGAGACCCAGUUCAACCUGCCCGGACAAAACCCUAUUGAUCUAACAACCACAUCUCUCCCCAUCGUGGUGAUCUCAAAUGUAAGCCAGAUGCCGAGUGCCUGGGCCUCCAUCUUGUGGUACAACAUGCUGACCAGCGAGCCCAAGAAGCUGUCAUUUUUCCUCAACCCUCCCGCGGCCUCUUGGGGUCAGUUGUCUGAGGUGCUCAGCUGGCAGUUCUCCUCUAUCACCAAACGUGGCCUCAACAUCGACCAGCUGAGCAUGCUGGGAGAUAAACUCCUUGAUCAGGAUGCCGCUGGAAGUCCCGAGGAUUUGGUGCCCUGGACGAAGUUUUGCAAGGCAGGUGACAGGGGGUUCUCUUUCUGGAUGUGGAUGGACUCCAUUUUGGACCUGACAAAGCGCCACCUACUCAACCUGUGGAAUGAUGGGUGCAUCAUGGGAUUUGUGAGUAAGGAGCGUGAGAAGUUGCUGCUGAGGGAUAAGAGUCCGGGGACCUUCCUGCUGCGCUUCAGCGAGAGCAGCAAAGACGGAGCCAUCACCUUCACCUGGGUGGAGCACACAGCCAGCGGAGUUCCUAAGAUCCAUGCAGUGGAGCCCUACACAAAGAAAGAUCUGGCAGCCAUAUCCUUCCCAGACAUCCUGCGUAACUAUAAGGUUAUGGCAGAGGGUAACCUGCCAGACAACCCCUUAGUCUUCCUGUUUCCCGACCUUCCCAAGGAUUAUGCCCUUGGACACUACUACAGCCGGCCUCCAGAGGAGGAACGAUCAGAGGAACCGAUGGAUGUUGAGGGGCCGGACAGCUCCACUCAGGUUACCUACCCACUCAUCUCAGUAAAACCAUACCUAAGCCGUUUACUCAUCUCAGUGACCGUUCAGGUGUCACGUCUCUGCUGAGCUCCGCUCUGGCCACGCCCCCUUCAGCACACUCACUCACUCACUCUCCCAGCUGCACUGCAUUCACGUCCCCUAAUCACACAUCUACAUAUGGGCCAUUCUACCGAAUUGGUGCAAAGUCAGGUUGGAAAUAUUUUGAAAAUGUGUAUGUUUUAUUCCCAAAACUUUGUCCGUUUGUAUAUUGAA